AUGUCCAUAAUAACUACUGGUGGCCUUGUCAAGUCAACAAAUCAGUUCGAGCUGGCUGGAAGUGCGAGAACUGAUUGCUGCGAAAAUCAAGCAUGUGCAGAGAAGUUUGAAAACUCGGUGGUGAACUCGUACAGCUCUGAAACAUCUGUUUUCUUCAUUCGAAAUGGCUGCUGCUGUGGUGGCGUCGAGAGAGGGCGGCCGACUGUCUACAGUUUGCGAUCUGAAACACAGAACAACUUGCCUGAAGCAUCGGAGAUCGUCAAAGAGAGUUUGCUUUCUAAGCAAUCAGCAGGUUUGAGCGGAUUAUGGCUUCCAAGAAAAGUGAUGGUGUCGGACAUGAAACUGUUUGUGUGUGAUAAUCAGUCGGGAGCUCUGCUCGAAAGCUUCUGGCUUGCGGACAUCGUGGACAUGGACGCGCGUCAGAUCGUCGAGCGGGAGUGUCAUGCCCCGAAGAUGUCUCCCCUGCGAGCGUUGCAGUCUAUCAAGGACUUGCUGGUCGGGCCCAUGGAACACGCGUGCGACGACAUCUACGACGACUCCACCCAGCGAUCCUUCGCCAUCUGCGUCUACAGCAGGAGAGAGAAUCAGGUCCGCGCUCUCGCCUUCAAGGCCAGUAGCCCCCUUGAGCGUGUGGAAUGGAUUGAGUGCCUGACGGAACUCGUCACGGCUGCUAAGGCGAAGGAGCAACGGGCGCUGUCUAAGUUGGAGUGCUGGAAUGCCAAGGUGAAGAAGGUCUACGACAGCUUCCCGUUCCAACUGUUCGUCAUCCUCCUCAUCUUCGUCAAUUUCGCCUUCAACAUUGCGGAGGCUGAGCUCAACACAGCACCAGACGAUCCUCUCAAUAAUCUCUUUCAGAACGCAGAUAAUUUCUUCACCAUCAUCUUCACGGUUGAGCUCGCUAUCAACGUGACUGCAAACUGGAUUACUCCGUUCCUGAUGGAUUCAUGGAAUGUCUUGGAUACUUCUGUUGUUGUUGUCUCCCUGCUAUCAUUCUACGCCUCCAACAUACCGGGAGUGAAGGGGUUCCGUAUCCUCCGCGUCCUGAAAGUUGUCCGAGUGUUCAAGCGUUUGACGUCUCUCCGGAUGAUUAUUACAGCAUUGGCAUCCUCCGUCAUUCCUGUUGCCAACGUGUUUGUCAUCCUGUUGCUCGCGAACAUGGUCUAUGCCAUCCUUGGGGUUGGGCUCUUCAGUCAGUCGUCUCCUGACUUCUUUGGAACCUUCUCGCGAGCUUUCUUCACCAUGUUCCAGUGCGUGACAGGAGAUGGCUGGGCGAGUUCCGUUGCUCGGCCAAUGAUGGAUCCGCUGGGAGGGUACAGCUCGAGCAUAGCCAUCUUCUUCCUGAGCUACAUCCUGAUCGUCUCAUGGAUCAUCGUCAACGUGGUGCUUGCUGUCCUGCUCGACGAGUUCCUCAAGGCGGCAUCCGACGAGAAGGCUGCCAUGCACAGGGAAAAGAACUCAAACUCAGAGUUGAGGCUGCUCUAUACCACUCUAGAUCCCCUCCUCUCACACCUCUCGCAGUUUCACAGCACUGACGACCUUCUCCGGCGCCUCAGCGACCUCUUUCAAGUCCUCGUCGACAACGACGACGAGGUUCUCACGCUGUCAGAGUUUUCGGCUGGCUUGAGGAAGCUGGCGUUCCGUCCGAUUGUGCAGAUUGACAGUCAUGGGCUCGUCGAGAUGAUGCGCGUCAUGAACUCGCACGGUUCCAACCUGCUCGACGUCGAGCGCAUCGCAGAGGAGGGCAUGGACAGGCAGCAGUUCAUGCAGUUCAUGCGCUUCCACCUCCGCAGAUAUGUGCAGCGAGUGGUCUCGCGGACGAUCGCGCUGGAGACGCACGAGGACAACGGGACAUCUUCGAUUCUCUUCAUCCUCAAGUACGUUGUGACCGCUCUGGACGAGCUCUCCUACCUCGUUCACACACGAGGGGAGCCAGCAGCUACCAGGACGAUGUCGGACAAGGAGCGGGGAGGCGCUCACGGCCCUCACUCGCAGCCCUCCCCAGAAGCAUCAGCCCUAGAGGCGACAAUUCGUGGAGAGAUCGACGAGUCUGGGGUGGAGCUGUCAGAGAAGACAGGAGCAAGGAUGAGCGACCAGGCGCGGGGGAUGCUAGAGGAAGUGGACUGUGAGUUUGUGGUGGAGAAGUUGGAGCGAGGUGGAGUGCUGGAGGCGGCAGACGUCGAGGCGCUCCGGAACGACGAGGAGCACUUCGACGACGUCAUGGACAGGUGCGGGGUGACGAGGAGGGAAUCGAAGCAACUAUGGAAGGCUCUCCGCGAUCACAGGCGUACUAAUGGAGUGCGGAAACGCCUGCAGGAGGAAGAGGAGGAGGAGGGGAAGAGGCAGAUCCCGGUGGUGGCUCCGGAGUACAGUGACAGGCGUUUUCCCCAAGCGAAGUCGGAGGGCAAGCAGCACGAGCUCCCUCCUUCGCUGCUGCCCGGUUUCAACGGUUUGAUCAGGUCUGACUUCUCCCUGGGAUGGAAGGCGAGAGCGAUGGAGCUUGCUCAAGCUCGUCGAAGACUGGAGGCUCGCUUCUCUCCUUGA